CAGCGGUCUUAAUAUACUUGAUUCAAACACCAUAAUAAACGUGCUCAAUGAAAUUGACAGAUUUUAAUAGCGAUUAUCAUAUGAGUAUACACUAAGUAAUCAUGAAAUUUGCAUAUAAGUUCAAUAAUCUGCUUGGAGCAGUUUAUCGCAAAGGAAAUUUAAUAUUUACUCCAGAUGGAUCAACAGUUAUUAGCCCUGUCGGGAAUCGGAUAACAGUAUAUGAUCUUAAAAAUAAUAAGUCAAAUACAUUACCUAUAGAGAGUACUUAUAAUUAUACAUGUAUGGAUUUGUCUCCAAAUGGUACUUUACUAAUUGCAAUUAAUGCAGUGGGUGAAGCAUAUAUAAUUAGUAUGAUGAGUAAGAGGGUAAUACAUAAGUAUCAUUUCAAACAACGUGCGAGAUGUGUGAAGUUUUCUCCAGAUGGUAAACAUUUUGCAGUAUGCAAAGGACAUAAAGUAUUUAUAUUCAAUGCACCCAACUUAUAUUCGUGCGAAUAUAAUCCAUUCAUCAUGGAACAUGUAUUUGCUAGAGCUGUAGCCGAUACAACUUGUAUUGAUUGGUCUUAUGAUUCAAAACUCAUAGCUGUUGGUUCCAAAGAUAUGUCUAUAAAAGUAUAUGGAAUAGAAAAGUUUGAGAACUUUAGGUCUCUUAGUCUUGGUAGCCACUCUCAUGUGAUAGUAGCAUGUUUCUUUGAGAAGAAAAGUUAUGAUCUGUCUACAAUUAGUAAAAAUGGACGACUUUCUAUUUGGGAGUGUACAAUUGAUCCAGACGAUUUAGUACAAUGGGAACCACACACUAAAAGAGAUAAAAAAGAUGAUAGUGACACGGAAGAUGAUGUUGAUGUUGAUAAAGCCAUAGAGAAAACAGACAAACAAAUCAAAGCUUAUGAACGCAAUUUACAACAAUCACAAAAUUCAGUUGAAGCAGAUCAGGAUAAUAAUUCUGACAAUGAUACAGACGUUAAAAGAUUACGUUACAAAAGAUUAUCUCGUCAUUAUUUGGCCAAUAUAGUUCAAAAGGAGCAGAAGGAGGUAGUAAAACUUACUGCUGCUGCAUACCACAAAGAAACUUCUAUUCUAAUAGUAGGCUUUAAUAAUGGUUCAUUCUAUUUGUACGAAAUGCCUGAAGUAAACAUGAUACAUUCUCUUAGUAUAUCACAGCAAUAUAUUUCAUCAAUUUCUGUCAAUUCAACUGGUGAUUGGAUUGCUUUAGGAUGUUCUACUGCUGGACAAUUAUUAGUAUGGGAAUGGCAAAGUGAAACUUAUGCAAUGAAACAGCAAGGACAUAGUAAUAAUAUGAAUUCUAUAGCAUAUAGUCCAGAUGGUCAAUAUAUUGUUACUGGAGGUGAUGAUGGGAAAGUGAAAUUGUGGAAUACCAUGAAUGGGUUUUGCUCUAUCACAUUUCAUGAACAUACAUCAACAGUAACAAGCGUAUUAUUUAGUCAUAACAGAAAAUUUAUUGUUUCUGCAUCACUUGAUGGAACUGUUAGAGCAUAUGAUUUAGCAAGAUACAGAAAUUUUAAAACUCUUACUUCACCACGACCAGUACAAUUUUCCUGCGUCGCAUUGGAUUCAAGUGAUGAAUUUCUUGCCGCGGGAGGUCAAGACGUCUUUGAAAUUUACCUAUGGAGUCUCAAACUGGGAACUCUUUUAGAGAUAUUAAGCGGACACGAAGGCCCGGUUGUCAGUUUAGCAUUUAAUCCAAGCAUCACAAGUACAGAAUUAGCAUCUGUUUCCUGGGACAAAACUUUGAAAAUAUGGAACGCAAUUGAAAGUGGUUCAGCGCAUGAAACAAUACAAUUAACUUCAGAUGGUUUAUUUGUUAUUUAUAAACCCAAUGGUGAAGAAGUAGCAGUUGCUACUUUGGACGGACAUAUUUCAUUUUUUAAUUGUAAAACUGCGGGACAAAUUGGUAGUAUUGAAGGAAGAAAUGAUUUAGGUAGUGGAAGGUCCGCGACCGAUCUGAUUACAGCAAAGAAAAGUUUACAAGGAAAAGCGUUCACCUCCUUAUGUUAUUCAGCCGAUGGCACGUGUAUAUUAGCCGGAGGACAAUCAAAGAAUAUAUGUAUUUAUAAUGUACAAGAAUGUAUGCUGGUAAAAAAAUUUGUUGUAACACAAAAUAAAUCAUUAGAUGGUGUUACUGACUAUAUAAAUAAGCGAAAUUUAACAGAAUUUGGAAAUAAGGCAUUAAUUGAAAAACGUGGGGCAAACGAAGGAGGAAAUGUAUCGUUAAAGUUACCGGGUGUUAGAAGUGGAGACAUGGCAAGCAGAAAUAUAAAACCGGAAAUUAGAGUAUAUAGUUUACAAUUUUCGCCAACAGGACAGGCUUGGGCUGCUGCUACAACAGAAGGUUUACUUAUAUACGCGCUAGACGUUGGUCUAGUAUUUGAUCCUUUUCAACUGGAAUUGGGCAUAACACCAGAGACAGUGAAAAUAGCUUUAAACGCAAAGGAAUAUUCAAAAGCAUUAAUGAUGUCUUUAAGAUUAAAUGAAAAACUGUUGAUACAACGUGUUAUAGAAAGUAUUCCCUUGACUGAUAUUGAAUUAACUACAGCAAGUUUACCUGAUAUCUAUGUUGAUAAAAUAUUGAAAUUUAUAGCAUCAGAAUUAGAGUCAACUAGGCACAUACACUUUUAUCUUCUUUGGAUAGAAACAAUAUUAACUAAACAUGGGUCAAAAAUUAAUUCAUCGCUUCAGAUGCCAAUAUUACUGAUGCUUCAAAAAAAUAUGCAAAAGAAAUAUGACGAUAUAAGCAAAAUAUGUGAUUUCAAUCAGUAUACAAUGAGUUAUCUGAAAAAGCUUGGAGAGUUUAAAGCUAAGAAAUCAAUCAUUGCCGUGACAAACGCUGAUGAGGAAUCUGUCAUAUCUUCGAUCGAAGAAAUGGAUAUCGACUGAAAAAGGACAAAAUAGAGAAUAUUUCACAAAUGUAAAUGUGUGUAUGUACAUAAAUAUUUCACGCUUGUGUAUAAUAACUU